AUGGAAGAGGAGGACUCAGAAGGAUCCGGAAUUGACAAGACAGCAAGGAAAGGCCCCCAUCCCACCCAGGCUGGGAGUGGUGUUGAGCUCUGGGAAAGAUCUGUGCCAGAGAUCCUUCAUCAGGACACUGAGAUCUCCAAUGUACAUCGCCAACUCUUCCGGCACUCCUGCUACCAUGAAGCUGAUGGGCCCCGAGAGAUUUGCAGCCAGCUCCAUCGACUUUGCAACCACUGGCUGGAGCCUGAGAAGCAUACCAAAAAGCAGAUCCUGGACCAGGUGAUCUUGGAGCAAUUCCUGAGCAUCCUGCCCCCGCCGAUGGAGAGCUGGAUGUGGGGACCCCCCAUGAAGAUGGAAACCAAUACCUGUGAGGCAGAGGGAGUUUUGUCGGAGGAACAGCAGGGGGCUAAGGCCCCGGACCAUGCCCAAAAUGCCGGCCCAUAUAGUAAGGACUCCCCGUACUCAGAUGGGAUCAGGCAGCCAGAGGGCCCCCUUCCCUACCAGCCUGGCAUCAUCUCUGACGAGGGAAUCUGUUUUUUCUUUCAGUCUCUGGCUUCCUUUGAGGAUGUGGCCGUGUAUUUCACGGAGGCAGAGUGGGCCCUGCUGGAUCCGGGUCAAAGAGCUCUCUUCAGAGAAGUCAUGCUAGAGAACUAUGGGAGCGUGGCUUCUCUGGGAGGUGUAGAGGAGACCCUUGGGGAAUUCCAGGACUUCUCUUUGGAAAAAGCCAAGAACGAAGAGGCUGAAGGAAGCUUCAGGGAUGGGGACAGACCACAGAGGCAGGAGGGAAGUCAUGCAGAGAAGAAAAGGGAUACAUCCAUUCCUCACCAAGGAGCGGGUUUCCAAGAGGAAAUUAACAUGUGCUCAGAGUGUGGAAAGAAAUUCAGUCGGAGUAGUGGUCUUCAAAGGCAUCUAAGAAUCCACACAGAGAAACCUUUUGAAUGCAUGGAGUGUGGAAAGAAAUUCAGUCAGAGUAGUGUUCUUCAAAGCCAUCUUAGAAUCCACACAGGUGAGAAACCUUUUGAAUGUUCAGUCUGUGGAGAGAAAUUCAGUCGAAGUGGCAACCUUAAAAAACAUCAGAGAACCCACACUGGAAAGAAACCUUUUGAAUGCUUGGAGUGUGGAAAGAAAUUCAGUCGGAGUAGCAGUCUUCAACGGCAUCUAAAAUGCCACACUGGAGAGAAACCUUUUGAAUGCUUCGAGUGUGGGAAGAAAUUCAGUCAGAGUUACAAUCUUCAACGACAUCUAAAAUGCCACACUGGAGAGAAACCUUUUGAAUGCUUCUACUGUGGGAAGAAAUUCCGUCGGAGUGGCCAUCUUCAGCAGCAUCAAAGAACCCACACUGGGGAGAAACCUUUU